AUGCCCUGCAACUGCCACCCAACCACUCCUCUCGGCUUCUCCACCUGGCCGCCCCCUAAGAACACCUUCAUCACACUCACCACCUGCGAGCAUAUAUGCCCCGCUCCCUCCUGCGCCGACAAGACCUUCGCCGGCGCUUCCGAGCUCAACACCCACCUAGAGACCGACCCAGAUCACGCCGCCCUCCUCGAGAGCCUGGGCUGCAUCAUCGACAGUUGCGCGCUCGAUCUCGCGACCGGAAAACUGGUUCGGCUUGAUAGUGCGGCGUGUCAGCCGAUGAGCAAGAAGAAGAAGAGAAUGCGGGAGGCGAGGGAGCAGAUGAAGAUUCUGGAGCAUAGAUAUGUGGUUGAUGAAGCGCGGAAGAAGAGGGUGCUGGAGGGCGUGAAGGAGUUUCAGGAUGCGGUUGCUGAGUUAGCUUUGGAACGCUGA